AUGGUAAGCAAUCGAAUCGAUUUGGAAGAAUUACAACGUUAUAUCCAUCCUAGAGCCUACGGUUGGUUCCAUCUACAACAAAAACGAAGACAUUACAAUAGCACCAAUCGGCGUAGUAAUAUGAUCAAAUAUGAUAAUAUUAAAAAUAAACAGGAAGAUACUUGGCUAGCUGACAUUAAACGUGUCAGAAAUCAUGAUAAAAUGUUAUGGUGUAAACGAUUAUUAAUUAAAAUUUUAAAAGAUGUCAAAACUGAAAAUAAACGCAACAUUACCCAAUGGAUCCGUGAUAGAAAUACCGAUAAAUGCAUCAUUUCCAAUCCUGAUUAUCGUGGUAAAAUGAGACGUAUCGAUUGCUUACGACAAACGGAUAAAGUAUGGCGAUUGGAUAUUGUUAUGGCUAUUUUAUUUACUGGUGUCCCACUCGAAUCGACCGAUAGCGACAGAAUAUGCAAGUCCAAUCAAUGCCAAAAUCCAGACCUCUGCAUAUCACCAUUUCAUGUUCAAGUUGUAGCUAGAGAACUGGAUAUCUUCUUAUAUAAUAAAAUGUCACAACAAGAUUCAGGUAAUUCAGUUAGAAUUCAUAGCGUAUUUAAAGCAAGCGACUUUAAUACUGCUGCUGACGCGGCGGCAUCUGUGCCACCAUCAAUACCACCGUCGCCUCCGCCAUAUUACAGAACGGCGAUUAACGUUGGCAACUUAGCUAGAGAGGAUAAUAACAACCAUGAAACGGCUGUUUCAGUCCCGAACGAUAUUGUUACCUCUGCAUCAAUUGCUACAACUGCCGUUAACAAUUUAGUACCAAUGAUUUCGGUAUGGAAUAGUAGUGACUGUCUACCGCAUCCGCAUUCGCAAAUUAUAUCAUUUUCUCCUACAAGUGGCCAUUUUGUCCGAAGCCAGCCUUAUGGUAAUUGUUACUGCCCUCCAUCUGCUGUGGAUCCAUCGCAUCGCCCGAUUGCAACUACACCCAGAGGCACAGAAUUUAUCCCGCAACCUAAUCACGGGUAUGUAUUGUAUGUUUGA